AUGACUAAAUAUUUUGUCACUUCCCACCCUUUUAUGUAUAACUAAACAUAAAUGGUUAGAUCUAUCAAAAAAAUAUUGGUUUUUAUCAUGUAAAAUAAAGAAAUUUAGAAACUAAGCAAAGAGGAAAUCAAAGGGUUUUUGUAAAGUAAAUAAAGUUAAAUAACUUCUAACUAAAUUUAGCAAUCUAUAAACUUUCUAUCAUAAUAUGGCUACCAUGUAGUUUAAUUGAUAGAUUCUGGAAGUUUCGGUAUUGUUAUGAAAGCUAUUGAUUCUUCAAAUAGCAAAAGAUAUGUAGCAAUAAAGCUUAUCAUAGUAACAAAUAAUGAAAUUUUAAAAGAAAACAUUUAAGAAUAUUAGAAAUGCCUUUUAAUUAAUCAUCCCAACGUCAUCAAAAAUUAUUAGCAGCUUUAUGAUGAAGAGGAUGAAUGCUUUUUUAUCAUUACAGAGUUUUGUUAAAAAGGUAAUCUGUUUAACUUUUUUAAACAAAACAAUAUUAAAAAAGAAGAAAUUGUUGAAAUUUGCCUUUAAAUUUUUGAAGGUGUUUUAGCUAUUCAUGAUAAAAAUAUUGUACAUGGCGACUUAAAGCCUUAAAAUAUUCUUAUCAAUGAUGAUGAUAAGAUAAAAAUAUGUGAUUUAGGAAUGUCUAAAUAACUUUUAGGAUCUAAAUCUCACACCAUUUCAAAAGGUGGAAGUUUGGAUUAUAUGUCCCCAGAAUAAAUUGAAGGUAAUAUUAGUAAAUAAUCUGACAUAUAUUCAGUUGGAUGUAUUAUUUGCUUUCUUUGUAAUGUUAGCAUAUUUGGUUUGAAUAUGGUUAAUAUAAAGAACGGGAUAUUUCCUCCUAUAUAGGAAAAUUCCUUUAAAGAGUUAGUUAAUUUAGCUUUUAAAAUGAUGAGUGUAGAACCUUAAAAUAGAAUUUAGCUUCAAGAUUCUUUAGAUUAGUUGAAAUAGUUUUAGAAGAUUAACUCACACAAUCAAAAAGGAAAAAUUUUUGUAAUUUAGUUUUAAAAUGGUGAUAGAUACGAAGGUGAAAUGAAAGAUGGGAAGAUGAAUGGAAAGGGAAUCUACUAUUAUAAAGAAGAUAAUAUAAGAAUGAAGUAUGAAGGAUAGUGGGCUAAUAGUAAAAAAGAAAGCUUUGGUAUUUUAGAAUAUAAAAAUGGGGAUAAGUAUGAAGGAUAGUUCAAAGAUGAUCUUUUUAAUGGAAAGGGAAUCUACUACUAUAAUGAAGGUGACUGUGGAAUGAAGUAUGAAGGAUAGUGGGCUAAUGGUAAAAGGAAUGGCUUUGGUAUUUUGGAAUUUAAAAAUGGGGAUAAGUAUGAAGGAUCAUUCGACAAUAAUCUUUUAAAUGGAAAGGGAAUCUACUACUAUAAUGAAGGUGACAAUAGAAAGAAGUAUGAGGGAUAGCGGGUUAAUGGUAAAAGGAAUGGCUUUGGUAUUUUGGAAUUUAAAAAUGGGAAUAAGUAUGAAGGAUCAUUCGACAAUAAUCUUUUAAAUGGAAAGGGAAUCUACUACUACUAUAAUGAAAGUGACUGUAGAAAGCAAUAUGAGGGAUAUUGGGUUAAUAGUAAAAAAGAAGGCUUUGGUAUUUUAGAAUAUAAAAAUGGGGAUAAGUAUGAAGGGUAGUUCAAAGAUGAUCUUAGUAAUGGAAAGGGAAUCUACUACUAUAAUGAAGGUGACUGUGGAAUGAAGUAUGAAGGAUAGUGGGCUAAUGGUAAAAGGAAUGGCUUUGGUAUUUUGGAAUUUAAAAAUGGGAAUAAGUAUGAAGGAUCAUUCGACAAUAAUCUUUUAAAUGGAAAGGGAAUCUACUACUACUAUAAUGAAAGUGACUGUAGAAAGAAAUAUGAGGGAUAUUGGGUUAAUAGUAAAAAAGAAGGCUUUGGCAUUUUAGAAUUGAAAAAUGGAGAUAAGUAUGAAGGAUAAUUCAAAGAUGAUCUUAGUAAUGGAAAGGGAAUCUACUACUUUAAUAAAGAUGACUGUGAAAAGAAGUAUGAGGGAUAGUGGGCUAAUUGUAAAAAGAAUGGCUUUGGUAUUUUGGAAUUUAAAAAUGGGGAUAAGUAUGAAGGAUCAUUCGACAAUAAUCUUUUUAAUGGAAAGGGAAUCUACUACUAUAAUGAAGGUGACUAUAGAAAGAAGUAUGAGGGAUAGUGGGCUAAUAAUAAUAUGAAUGGCUUUGGUAUUUUAGAAUUUAAAAAUGGGGAUAAGUAUGAAGGAUCAUUCGACAAUAAUCUUUUUAAUGGAAAGGGAAUCUACUACUAUAAUGAAGGUGGCUGUGGAAAGAAAUAUGAGGGAUAGUGGGUUAAUGGUAAAAGGAAUGGCUUUGGUAUUUAGGAAUUUAAAAAUGGGGAUAAGUAUGAAGGAUCAUUCGACAAUAAUCUUUUUAAUGGAAAGGGAAUCUACUACUUUAAUGAAGGUAACUGUGGAAAGAAGUAUGAGGGAUAGUGGGUUAAUUGUAAAAAAGAAGGCUUUGGCAUUUUAGAAUUGAAAAAUGGGAAUAAGUAUGAAGGAUCAUUCGACAAUGAUCUUUUUAAUGGAGAGGGAAUUUACUAUUAUAAAGAAGAUAACAUAAGAAAGAAGUAUGAAGGAUAGUGGACUAAUAGUAAAAAAGAAGGCUUUGGUAUUUUAGAAUAUAAAAAUGGGGAUAAGUAUGAAGGGUAGUUCAAAGAUGAUCUUAGUAAUGGAAAGGGAAUCUACUACUAUAAUGAAGGUGACAAUAGAAAGAAGUAUGAGGGAUAGUGGGUUAAUGGUAAAAGGAAUGGCUUUGGUAUUUUGGAAUUUAAAAAUGGGGAUAAGUAUGAAGGAUCAUUCGACAAUGAUCUUUUUAAUGGAAAGGGAAUCUACUACUUUAAUAAAGAUGACUGUGAAAAGAAGUAUGAGGGAUAGUGGGCUAAUUGUAAAAGGAAUGGCUUUGGUAUUUUGGAAUUUAAAAAUGGGGAUAAGUAUGAAGGAUAAUUCGACAAUAAUCUUUUUAAUGGAAAGGGAAUCUACUACUUUAAUGAAGGUGACUAUAGAAAGAAGUAUGAGGGAUAGUGGGCUAAUGGUAAAAGGAAUGGCUUUGGUAUUUUAGAAUUUAAAAAUGGGGAUAAGUAUGAAGGAUCAUUCAAAAAUGGCGAUUUUAAUGGAAAGGGAAUCUACUACUAUAAUGAAGGUGACAAUAGAAAGAAGUAUGAAGGAUAGUGGGCUAAAGAUAAAAAAGAAGGCUUUGGUAUUUUGGAAUAUAAAAAUGGGGGUAAGUAUGAAGGAUCAUUCAAAAAUGAUAAUUUUAAUGGAAAGGGAAUCUACUACUUUAAUGAAGGUGACAAAAGAAAGAAGUAUGAAGGAUAAUGGGCUAAUGAUAAAUAGGAAGGUUUUGGAAUUUUAGAGUAUAAAAAUGGUACUAAAUAUGAAGGAUACUUCAAGAAUGGGAAAAAGAUUGGAAAACAAGCUCAAGUUGUUAAGCACAAGCACUCUAACUGA